UGCAUCCAGGACAGUGAGAUUUGGAUGAAGCAGGGGGUCAUGCCGAGUCCUCAGGCAGAACGUCCUUUGAGAUCAGAAGAAAAGUCUGCUUGUGACAUCUUGAAUCGCUUCCUCGGUAUUCCGGAUCAGACUUACGAACAGUUCCUUGGGUCUUUCAGCCGUAUUCCUACAGAAAGGCGAGAGCCGUCUUCCCGUUCGGACCGCCUGCAAGGACAAUUCUUUGGCCCUCGGGGGACGGAUUUCAGGAAAAUGGUAGAAAAUGAGAAAAUCCCUGAGGAAGACGGCACCGAUACAAAUCACGCCCAACCGGAGAAAUCCGAGGAGCAGAUUUUCAUUGACGAUGGACUGAAAGUUGGUGGCUGUCACAACAUUGAACGUACACAUCCAUGCAGAGUUCAGGUUGAUAAUUACAUGGAGCCGCCCGACUUUGAUCCAGAUGAAGACAGCAGUGGAGAAAUAUUUAGAAACCUCGAACUGCUCCCGGGAGAGGCAGAGGUGGCAUUUUACCAUCCAUCAUUCUCGAGGAGCACGUGCUUGGACUUCCAGAGCGCUUCGGUGAACCGGCGGAGUCCUCCGGCACAUCAGACUGACGAAGUUCAAUCGUUCUCCUUGGACGAAGGAUUCGAUUACGAUCGCGUGGUUCUGAGCCCUAAGUUUUCUCAGGCUGAGCUAGACCUCCUGAAAACGAGGAGAAAAAGCUGAAAACCAUCGAACCCACCGAAAACUGGAUUUCUUCUUCCCGACCAAAUGUAUUUUUCUUUGUUUACCGAUCUUCAAAAUUAAAGCCCAAAAUUCACA